ACGACCUCGCCUGGUUGUCUAGCCUCCUUUCAGCCUUGCCCUCAAAGUCGCCAUUCUCGGCUCAGCGGCUCGACUGCCGAUUCAUCCUCGCUUCGUCCGCCCCGGACGGGACUCGGACCCGGUCGGUCAGGUGAAAAACAACCGAGUUUGACUGGCGCCAAACACAAUCGCUGGCAUACAGCAGGCCUGUAUCACAGCAGCCUGCUCGUAGCCUCUGAGGAGAAUACGACAUUUGUUUAUCCUACUCGGUCUCUGACAAAAUUGCACAUAGCCCAUUUAUUGGCGUCAUAUGCAUUCACAACAAAUUAA